AUGCCUGUUUUUGGAUUCCAACGUGGCGGCAAGUGUUUUGGCAAAGGGACGUUCAUCGGCAAAGUCCCUAUCAGCACUUCUGAGAAAGCUCCUGCCUUUGGAAUUUUCUUGGCAGUUCAUUUUUGCCCCACUCGGCUGAAUGUGUCUGACGGCCCCACUCGGUCUGUGCCCUUGUGGCCAACGCACUCUGGCCCAUCAAUCCUGGACCUUUUGGACUUUGAAGGUCUUUUCAGGCUUGCAGAAUUGCCCAAGACCAGACGCUGGGCUGCCAGCUGGACUUGUCUCUUCCUUGGACUUUGCGCCUUGCAUUCCCUUCCUCCUGCUGCCCUGGCAAUUGAGAACCCUUGUUUCCGAAGCUCUCUUCCUUCUGUGGACUUUUACCAGCAUCUCCUGGAAUUUGAUGCAGCACUUGGAUUUCCUGGCGAGGGUCUGAAUCUUCAAGAAAUUCUGGCGGGGGCUUAUGCUGAGCCCGAGAAACUGGUAGAACAGCUGGUGCAGGAGCCGAAGACCCGCUAUCGAGCUGCUAGGCACCAAAUGUGCCGCAUGGACUAUGAAGAUUUGGUGGCAUUGGUUGCUUGCGCUUUUGGUGAGCUCAGCCCUGGUCAACGUUUGCGGCCCCACUCCUCUCAACUGCUGAGGACCCGCUUCCGUCAGCUGCUUGGAGCGAUUGGGCUUCUGGAAUGCACACGAACGAAUGCUGGAUCUGGGGUCGCUGAGGGCAGGGGUGCAACACAUCUCUUCAUGCUAACAGAGGACACCGAGCUCGUCAAGCGCAGGGGCCGGUGGUUGGCCCACAGAACUAUGGAAAUCUAUUUGCAAGAGGUCAAUGCCACGGUUUUCUUUCCGCGGAGGUGA